UGUUUAUCUAAUGUAAACAUUAAGUAAUAAAAAAAUGUAAUUCAAAACAACAAACAACUCAUUGAUAUUAUACAGUAAUUGGUGUUUAGUUUUUAGUUUUUUUUGUUUGUUUGUUUUAGUUGAAAGUGGGAUCAGCUCUGCUAAGUGAUAAUAAUAAUAAUACUAACUCAAGUGGCCAUCACCACCAUCACCACCACCAAAAAACAGCAACUCAUAUGAGUGGCCAAAAAUUCGGUGAAUGGCUAUACAAAGGCCAAGUGUUUGACAUUCAACGGCCAGCGGGUUGUAAAUCUGAAUCCAGAUUUGAUCCAAUCUUGAAACAGAUCCAACAGAUUAUACCCGUAAUCGAUGGCCGUUUCGAUAUUGCCGUCGACUUUCAGUCGCAUCAGUUUCAGCUGUUCAGCAGUCACUACAAGAAAUACUUUGAUAUUAUGUCGGCUGACGAACCAAUCAAAUCUGGUUCGGCCAUCAAAGUUACCGUUCGGCCGCAAGCCGUACUACAAUCUCAGCCGCAAGUGAUAACACCAGUACAAGUAGUACUGCAGCCGCCGCCGCACAGUCACCACGGAUUAGUACGACCGUCACCGUCAUCGCCAACACCUCCAACACCGGCGCCGCAUCUGAGAGAUCCCAGAUCUAAUCGUCAAAUGGCAAACGAUAAGCUACAUCUAAUGGCUUCGGGACUACCGGUAUAUCCUCCGCGGCGAAUACCUCAUUAUCCGUUGUUGAACAACAAGAAUAAUAAUAAUAAUAAUAAGCGUCAAACCAGUGAUUCGCGAUCUUCCUCCACAUCAUCAUCUGAUCCACGACUCAAAGAUUAUAAACAGAACAUUUCAAUGGCAAAACCUUGUUUUCGUCAGAAUAAUACUAACAAUAAUAAGGAUCGGUUGACACCAUCACCACCGCCGCCAUCAUCGUCGACAAAAAAUGUACCUCAAACUACCGGUGCCGUCACCAUUAGUGGUGGUAGUAGUAGUGAACAUCUAUUGAUUAGCGAAUUGAAUAACGAAAUUCGCGAAAAAUACUCAUUAUUUUUGGACGUAAUCAAAGACUAUUCAUCCAAUAACUGUGAUCUGAUUGUUGACUUUGAAUGGCUUCAUGUGAUACACCAGAGAAUGACUUCGAAAGGCUUCAAAAACUAUGAUCCAUGUGUUUGGGAAAAGUGUUACAAACUAUAUGUCGAUAAAUAUAUUGAUUCUCUACACAAGUAUCAGACCGUUGCCGAAGCCAAGAGUCAGUUCGUCUACUUUUCCGAGUUUAACACACUUUACUUUAAUCAACGAAAUUCUCGAUACCGUAAACUGAUGGCCGGUCGACAUCUGUUUGUCAAAAAUUUUGAACGAAAGUGGUCUCAGGAAAUAAUGGCCAAUACAUUGCCGCCGAUCGAAGCGGACGACUUGGAAACACUGAAAAAGACAAUCAGUUCGCAACAGAAACAGGAAAAAUAUCGCAAAGAUUACAAUGAAUUACAAAUGAAAGUGGAAAACAAUGUAUUGGCAAUCAAGACAUUCAAUUUGAUAGCUCAGGCUAUCGCAGCCUUGAAAAGCCAUUACAAAGAACCGGGACUUUAUGUUAAAGUAUCGAAUCUGUUGGCCGAUUCGUGUGUCUAUCGAUCGGCCGACGAUUGCGAACAACUGCUCAAAGCGUGGAUUAUAUUUUAUGAUAAGCAUUUAGAUAGCUAUAAGAAAGCAUUGAAACACUACUAUAGAGUUACCGAAUAUUUGUUUGAAUUUCUGAAUAUUAUAACAACUAUACGAUUGGACGCUGUUUUCUACUCUAAUGUCAAGAUUACGAAAAUACUGGAAUCAAUUGACAGACGAUCACUGAAAGGCUGUAAAGUUCAGCGAAGAUUGAGAUUAAAUGAAAAAAAUUUCGAUACAAUUGUCGGUUCGGUUCAAAAGGUUCAGCAAUUGAAUAGUUAUAAACAAGACGACGAUUGUUUGAUUAUCGACGAGAUUAUCAAACCGUCCGAUAAGUCAACUACCGGUGCGUCGGCUACGGCGUCGACGACCUCCUCUGAUAGCCAAAAGUCGUCAAAAACAGCGGACAAAUCAUCGACUAAAGGGUCGAAUAAUAGUGUGGAUGACAUCGAAAAAGGUGAACAAAAAUAUUCGAAAAAAUCUACGACUACUAGUAGUGACCAGAAAUCUAGUGACCACCGAAAAUCGCCGACAAAUUCCAGUGACCACCAAAAAUCGCCGCCAAUUCAUAAAUUUGUUAAUAGUUUUCGAAUAGUCGACAAACGUUUCGCCAAAAAGUUUAAACCAUCAUUACAUCAAUCGUCUACUAUUACUAAUGUUUUUCAAUCGACUCUUUGUCCAACAACACCACUACCACCAUCAUCAUCUGCAUCAUCAUCAUCGACAACAUUAUCAUCUACCAGUGCCUCCUCCUCCUCAGCAUCAGCAGCAGCUGAUGAUCGUACAGUCCUAUCGACACCAUCGCUAUCCGAUUCGCUGAACGAACCGUUGAUUACGUGCGAAUCGGACGUCAAAAAAUACGAGUCAAUGAUGCGCGUGAUUUUGCAACUGUCGCAGUCGUAUUGCGAUCUGAUAUCAACCUACGAAUGGUGUACUGUUGUACACAAUCGUAUGCUAACUCAAGGUUUUAACUCCCAGUCCAUCGACUGGUGGGAGUCGGCCUAUCAUAGGUUUACCGAACUAUACUUAAAAACAUUAAUCAAUUGCCGUGACUUUGAAUCGGCUAAGAUACAGUUCCCGUUGUUUUUGGCCUACAAUCAGAUCAUAUUUACGACAAACAAUGCCCGCUAUAAACUGUUAACCAAAGCCCGUGAAAAGUUUGUCCGAUGUCUGGGUAGAGUCAAAUCAGCUGAUGAACACCAAUUGGUUCAGACUAUCGACAAUCAGAUACACUCAGAUAAUACCAAUUUGAAGCUAAAUAGUCUACAACUGGAACUGGUCGGCCGUAUUGAUGAACUUAAGUGCUUGAAUCUGAUGGUUCAAGUGAUCAAAGCCCUACAAAAACACUGUCGAAUGGAUACCAAUACCGGUCUCUAUCGGAAAGUUGCCGAAGUUAUGUCGUUAACAGGAUUUCGGGUAAAACACGGACAACAAUUGGUCGAACAGUGGCGUCCGUAUCAGUGCGAGGAUGUACUACGCUAUUGGACUAUAUUUUGCGCACAGAAUAUCGGCGCCUAUGAUAUGGCCGUCGACUGUAAGGCCCGUAUAGUUAAAUACUGUCUGGAAUUUGUUAAUAUCAUACCAUCACUGAUAACAACUGAACCAAACGUUACCAACUCCUACUUGUUUAGCAUUGAUAGACCCGAUGAAAGUCGACUAACCGACGCACUGGUAGUCCUACGAACCAAACGACCCUCACUGACAGUUAGCUAUUUGUACAUCAAUUCCAAGAUAUCGGAAGCCAUUCAACGGUAUAAUAGUAGUACCAGUGGUUGUGUUAUGACCGAUAGUUAUGACCAAUUGACCGAAUCGGCGGCCGAUAUCGACUACAGGAGUCCAGCGAAAAAUACUACCAAUAAAAGAUCUCUUGUCAGCGACUACGAUAGCCCUAACAAACAGGUUGUUAUUAGUGAUUACAAUCAUCACCACCGGUGGUCACCUACCGGUGCUUAUCAAUCAAAUGAUUAUUAUCAUAUAAACGACAUCAUCUGAAUCUCGAUUACUAUUAGUCAAUCAAUCAAACAAACAAUACAAUGGAUUUUGAAUACCAAUUAAUCGUUAAUUUACUCAUUAUUUUUUUUGUUUUAUUUAAGUUGAG